AUGCUCGAGAAACGCCUUGUCGACUAUAAUCCGUCAUGCUUUGAAGUGUCAAUAGAUCUUCCAAACUUCCUUGAAGCACGGGUGAGGAUGAUUGGAACUCCGCGUUCGGAGCAGCUGGACUGCACAGGAGACCAAGGAGGAUUGCGUUGCGCUCUCGAUGAGGACUUGGCAUGGUUGCCGGAUGUGAAGUUCACUUUUGACAUACUCAAAUUCUCCAUUCGUGAGGUUGCCCAAAAGUCUGCAACCAUUUUCAACAUAACUAAUAGGGUUGUGAAGACAUUCCCCAGCAUAUCUUGUUCAUUAAGCCUAGCAAAGAAGGAUGUCGUGAACUGUCACUCUAAGCAAUUAUCUAUCGCCUUGUGGAUGUCAGCAUGA